CGAUGUUUGAACCGGACCAGAAUAGAAAACAGGUGGAAAGGAGACAAGUAGAUCUUUGGACAAACACGAUGACCCAGGCCCCACCUGUCCCCAAACCUCGAGCUCGUUAUUCACGUGACAGCUUAGGCUCCGUCUCUUCUCUGGACAGAGAUCCGAUUUGCCAAAAUGCGUCAGAUGGAGUUCUGCCAAGGACAGAUGAAGAUCCCCCUGCUGGGUCACCGGGUUUACAGACACUGGCAGGUGUUGCUGACAUACCACCAACGGACACAAGUGACUCUGCUCAUGGCCCACCAAUUGUACCUGACCCCUCGUCCCCUCCAUCCAUGCAAAGUAUGGUCAGCAGCAUUAAAAGCAGCAUACCAAGUUUAGCAGGAACUGCUGACACCAUUGCUAACACCUCGUCCCCUCCAUCCAUACAAAGCAUGGACAUGAGCAGCCGCACACCAAGUUUAGAUGGAACUGUUAGCACCCUUGCUAACUCUGCUGUUACUACGCAGAGCUCCUCCACCUCGUCCCCUUCCUCCAUACAAAGCAUGGUCAGCAGCAUUGCAAACCACACACCCAGUUUAGAUGGAACUGCUAGCACCACUGCUAACCCUGCAGUUACUGCGCAAAGCUCCUCCAUUCCGUCCCCUUCCUCCAUACAAAGCGUGGUCAGCAGCAUUGCAAACCACACACCCAGUUUAGAUGGAACUGCUAGCACCGCUGCUAACCCUGUGGUUACUGCGCAAAGCUCCUCCACAUCAUCCCCUUCCUCCAUACAAAGCGUGGUCAGCAGCAUUGCAAACCACACACCCAGUUUAGAUGGAACUGCUAGCACCACUGCUAACCCUGCGGUUACUACGCAAAGCUCCUCCACUUCGUCCCCUUCCUCCAUACAAAGCAUGGUCAGCAGCAUUGCAAACCACACACCCAGUUUAGAUGGAACUGCUAGCACCACUGCUAACCCUGUGGUUACUGCGCAAAGCUCCUCCACUUCGUCCCCUUCCUCCAUACAAAGCAUGGUCAGCAGCAUUGCAAACCACACACCCAGUUUAGAUGGAACUGCUAGCACCACUGCUAACCCUGCGGUUACUACGCAAAGCUCCUCCACUUCGUCCCCUUCCUCCAUACAAAGCAUGGUCAGCAGCAUUGCAAACCACACACCCAGUUUAGAUGGAACUGCUAGCACCACUGCUAACCCUGCAGUUACUGCGCAAAGCUCCUCCAUUUCGUCCCCUUCCUCCAUACAAAGCAUGGUCAGCAGCAUUGCAAACCACACAUUGAGUUUAGAUGGAACUGCUAGCACCACUGCUAACCCUGCAGUUACUGCGCAAAGCUCCUCCAUUUCGUCCCCUUCCUCCAUACAAAGCAUGGUCAGCAGCAUUGCAAACCACACAUCGAGUUUAAAUGGAACUGGUAGCACCACUGCUAACCCUGUGGUUACAAUGCAAAGCUCCUCCACCUCGUCCCAUCCACCCAUACAAAGCAUGGUCAGCAGCACUGCAAACCGCACACCAAGUUUAACUGGAACUGCUAGCACCACUGCUAACCCUGUGGUUACUAUGCAAAGCUCCUCCACCAUGUCCCCUCCAUCCAUACAAAGCAUGGUCAGCAGCAUUGCAAACCGCAUACCAAGUUUAGAUGGAACUGCUAGCACCACUGCUAACCCUGCGGUUACUACGCAAAGCUCCUCCACCUCGUCCCUUCCAUCCAUACAAAGCAUGGUCAGCAGCAUUGCAAACCGCACACCAAAUUUAGAUGGAACUGCUAGCACCACUGCUAACCCUGCGGUUACUACGCAAAGCUCCUCCACCUCGUCCCCUUCCUCCAUACAAAGCAUGGUCAGCAGUUUUGCAAACCGCAACCCAAGUUUAACUGGAACUGCUAGCCCCACUUCUAACCCUGUGGUUACUACGCAAAGCUCCUCCACCUCGUCCCCUUCCUCCAUACAAAGCAUGGUCAGCAGUUUUGCAAACCGCAACCCAAGUUUAACUGGAACUGCUAGCCCCACUUCUAACCCUGUGGUUACUACGCAAAGCUCCUCCACCUUGUCCCGUCCAUCCAUACAAAGCAUGGUCAGGAGCAUUGUAAACCGCACAACAAGUUCAGAUGGAACUGCUAGCACCACUGCUAACCCUGCGGUUACUACGCAAAGCUCCUCCACCUCGUCCCCUCCAUCCAUACAAAGCAUGUUCAGCAGCAUUGCAAACCGCACAAGUUUAGCUGGAACUCUGAGCACCACUGCUAACCCUGCGGUUACUACGCAAAGCUCCUCCACCUCAUCCCGUUCAUCCAUACGAAGCAUGGUCAGGAGCAUUGCAAGCCGCACACCAAAUUUAUCAGGAACUACUGGCACCACUGCUAACCCUGCAGUUACUACGCAAAGCUCCUCCACCUCGUACCCUCCAUCCAUACAAAGCAUGGUCACUAGCAUUGCAAGCCGCAUACCAAGUUUAGCAGGAACUGCCAGCACCAUUGCUAACCCUGCCGUUAGUACCGAAAGCCCCCCCAGCCUCGCUGUUAACGCCUGGAUGCAGACACGGCCACCUCAACCCCUCCCUCCUUUCAUAAGGGGUGACUCACACACUGAUGUGCUCGUGGCCCCAUCAUCACAACCACAGGGAGAUGCUGGGCCCGCUGGACAAGAAAAAGGGAAAGAAGGCCUCUACCUUAAUAUGUUGGACGGCUCAGAUGAUGACGUUGACUCUGAUUCGUCAAAUGAAGUUUCAUCUGGACCUAACGAACAAAUGACAGUUGACUUUGCACACAACCGGCUCAACAACAACAAUGUCAUUUCCAACCUUUCAGCAAGUGUUAUACCCCCUCAGCCAGUCCCACCUGCUGGCCAAUCAGCAAAGAAGGCAAAAUAUUACAAACAAAAGAUUCCAAGCAUUGCAACGAUUCGAGUGUCCAGAACGAAAGGACAAGGCCCACACUCCAUUCCACAAAGUGGUGUGGCCCGAGCAAGCUGGCUGGAGACAUGGAAAGGCUUCAGACAUUAUGUAUUUUGGGGGACAUUUGAUGGACAGUUGAUGUCACUGCAGAAAAAACGAAAAGACUAUUUCAGCGAGAUCCUCUUCCACGUGUCCAGUAUCACUAACAUAAAGAAACUAGACAAGAGAAGGUUCUCGGUUUACUUCAAAAAGAAACAUUAUGACUUCAUGGCUCCCAGUGAUGAUAUUCAAGAAGGUUGGGUCCAGUCUCUCUUGGCGUCUCGGGGACAACCGAGUCCCGCUGCACCGGAACUGCAUGGGCAGAUCAACAUCAAAGAUAUAAAAAGCCGGAACUACGCUGCCGUCUGCGGUCAUGACUUCUGGGUUUACCCCGACAAAGAUCGUUUCCAGCUAGGCCUGGCUUCCUACAGCAUUCCUCUGAACUUGGCCUCAGUCACGGCGACCGGAAAACACUCAUUUUCAAUGACCACGCCCUUCAAGACCAUACACAUGUCUGUUGAUUCAUCAAAGGAUCUUAAGGUCUGGUUAGACGGCUUGUUCUCAUCAAUCAGCAGUGCUCUGUCCAGCAGCCAGGUGGCGACGCGUCUAUGGAAAAAUCCCUCCAAUCAACAGUGCGCCGAUUGCAGCGCCGCCAAUCCUGAGUGGGCGUCCAUCAACCUGUUGCUUGUCAUCUGUGACAAAUGUGCAGGGCACCAUCGAAGUCUCGGCAGCACUCUCUCCAAUGUCCGGAGUCUAAAGAUGGACAACAAGGUUUGGACUGAACCACUCGUACAGCUGUUCGUUACAUAUGGCAAUAGGCUGGCCAAUCAGGUGUGGGCGCCGCUGGUGCCCGUUUUCGAGCAGUUAAGACCAGAGUCUUCAGAUGAGCAGAGAUCAAACUUCAUCCAAGACAAAUACCGCAAGGGGCGGUACCGAAGAGUACAUGCGCUGGCGUCCUCUUCUGAUCUGAUGCAGCAGAGGAUGCGAGAGGUUGUUUGUGGCAGCGAUGUCGAAGAAACCAUGGCACUUAUCUGCUCCGGGGCAAAGGUGUGUCAAUCAGAUCCUCAGAGUCCCUCCCCCAUCCAGCUGGCUGAGAGGGCCGGGCAAGCUCUGCAGGCAGAGAUACUUAAACUCAACGAGUAUACAGAGGUUCCACCUUGCCUUCCCAAGAUAGGGUACAGGCGAGCUGACUCCGUCCUCUCAGGUGAGGAAGAGGAGGAGCUACAUGGCAAAUUGGAAGAUGAUCGUUUCCUCUUUUCUCUGGAAAAUGACUCUGCGGCAUGUGACGUCCUUGACUUGCGAGAUGUUUUAUCACUUUUCCGAAAAGACGGGCCAACCUUUCAGUUCGAGUUGGUCACUUUAGACAGUCGGCUCGUUUGUGUGGCUGAAAGCGAGGACGAGCUCUUGACGCACCUGGUCCACAUCCUUAAGGUAAUUCUGCCAGGGGGCGUGUCUUACGCAGAGGUGUGCGGGGCCUUAGCAGUUAGUAAAGUGUGUGUUGUUGAAGUGGGGUUAGCCACCAAUAAUCCCGAUGCUUGGUUGUUGCUUUGGGAUGGCGGCGUGAGCGUUCACCGUGCUCACAGACACUCAAAGCCGCCUCUCAUAAUGGAACUGAGCACGCUCAGUCACCACGAGGUUGAGCCAUCUGAAGACGCCAUCUCCAUGGUAUCCGGAGACAGCAGGGGCGUUUCUCUGCACUUUGACGAGCACUACAGCUGCCAUAGCUGGUACCACCUCCUCCAGGAUGCUCUGGCCAAUCAGAACACUUCAAAACCUCCGGCGGCCUAUCAAUCUCUGUACCCGAUAGCAGACAUCGAAGUGAUGAGCUCGGUGCCGCUGGGCAUAGAACGCUGCAUCAAACACAUCCAAGACUACGGUUUGAAGGUGGAGGGCGUGUACCGCCGCUGUGGACGGGCCACCAAGGUGUCCCAACUGGUGGAGGCCUUGGUGAAAUCUCCGAGCUCCGCCUCUCUGGAGUCGGAUGAACAAGGUGUUUUGGACGUAGCCUCUGCCCUCAAACAAUACAUUCGCCAGCGGGAAGCGCUCUUCCCAGAGAAGGAAAAGAAGGACUGGAGACAGGCUGCAGUGAUUUCUGAUGAAGAAAAGAGGUGGUCAGCCUACCGCCAGUUGCUACAGCAACUCCCUGGUCAGCAGCGUGCGACGCUGGACGCCUUGUUUGGACACUUUUACAUGGUUCAGACAUACUCUCAAGUCAACAAGAUGUCCGCCCAAAACCUGGCCCUGGUUCUGGUUCCCUCACUCUUCAACAGUUUGAGCGCCGAUCUGCUCAAUAUGACCCGCGAGUUCAUCAUCCACCACGAGAUGCUUUUUCCGGCACACAAACAGCAUCGCAGGUGAGGAAGAGCAGCAGAUCAGAGUCCUCCGAAGAAGCACGAGAGGAAGGUUUGGGACGACACGAGUACUGAUGAUCAAUUGUCUUCACGUUUAAAGAGUUGGAAGACAUCAGCCCCUUUUCCGCCAAAAUACCAAGAAGUUUAAAAAAAAAUUGUUUUGUAUAAUAAAUGAAAUAUGGACAAUAGUAUAUCUCUACUAGGGUACAAAUAAAGUACCGCGGUACUAAUGAGUUAAAAACGGACUAUACUGCGUCUGAAAAAUACCGGUACUUUUGUUUUCCGGACAUGACGGCGCGGUGGUGAAACGCACAGAGUACCUACAUGUAGAAACAGUGUGGUGAUAGAAAAGGGAGAAUAGACGCAUUUUUGGCUUAAAAACUAAGGGUAACGUUAAAGCUAUAAACACUGAAGCGCUGCUCUGCAAUAGGUGCUUAGUUCUUGCUCUUGUUAGCCGUUAGCUAGCUAGCGGCUGACGUCUAUCCGCAGUCAGUAGUGUUUUAGCUACUUUUAAAUCACUUAUCCUCGCCGCCAUGGCGACAAAUGAACUACGUUUCUUACAAUUACCGGCCCUGAAGGACGAGGACUAGCUAAACAUACUUCACUACACACCGUAAGGAAGAUACAAUGGCUAACCGCAAACAGCAAGCUAACGCUCCUCAAUGUAAACAAAUGCCGUGGGCGGGUGUACAUACACAGACAUCGACUGUAUUGAUACCAAGUACAAGAGCCGUAUAUACACUACCGUUCAAAAGUUUGGGGUCACAUUGAAAUGUCCUUAUUUUUGAAGGAAAAGCACUGUACUUUUCAAUGAAGAUAACUUUAAACUAGUUUUAACUUUAAAGAAAUACACUCUAUACAUUGCUAAUGUGGUAAAUGACUAUUCUAGCUGCAAAUGUCUGGUUUUUGGUGCAAUAUCUACAUAGGUGUAUAGAGGCCCAUUUCCAGAAACUAUCACUCCAGUGUUCUAAUGGUACAAUGUGUUUGCUCAUUGGCUCAGAAGGCUAAUUGAUGAUUAGAAAACCCUUGUGCAAUCAUGUUCACACAUCUGAAAACAGUUUAGCUCCUUACAGAAGCUACAAAACUGACCUUCCUUUGAGCAGAUUGAGUUUCUGGAGCAUCACAUUUGUGAGGUCAAUUACACGCUCAAAAUGGCCAGAAAAAGAGAACUUUCAUCUGAAACUCGACAGUCUAUUCUUGUUCUUAGAAAUGAAGGCUAUUCCACAAAAUUGUUUGGGUGACCCCAAACUUUUGAACGGUAGUGUCGUUGAUACUACAAAGGUUACGUCGAUAAUGUCCAUUUUUUGUGUUUUUUUUAUUGUUUAUUAAUGAAUGAAAUGGACACAGGAGAACUUUAAUUAUGACCAAUGUAUGACCCUGUACCUACUUGGUAUUGGAUUGAUAGCAAAAUUUGUAGCAUCACCCAAAAUGUAUAUAAAGUAUCCAAACAACAGAAGAAUAAGUGCUCAUUACAUUUUAACAGAAGUUUAGAUAGAACAUGUUGAAACAGGAAGUAAGCAGAUAUUAAUAGUAAAUGAACAAAUAGAUUAAUUAUCCAUUUUCUACCGCUUGUUCCUCAUAACUUUGAGAAAAUAAUAGAAUGGGAAAGGACACAAUAUGUUACUGCAUACAUCAGCAGCCAAAAUGGGAGCCUUAGUUUGCUAGCUUACAACUAAAAUAUAUGUUUACUAUUAUAUUUAAUGCCACAAUUAUUCUUUGGUUGCAAUAAGAAAUGUAUGUUUAAUGUAUAAUGAGAUUUUCUGUGAAAAUAAAGCCAUUA